GGGAGAGUCCUUAGAGUAGUUCCAACGCCUGUGGUAAUAGGGUUAGGCCUGUAGACUCUUCCUACUGCCAAGUCAAAGCUGACGACCGCUUAUGCCGGCAAGAGCUGGGGAUUGACUAUGAGCUGUAGUCUUUUGAUGACUUCUUUCUACGGGACUUCCUUUUUCUCCUUGUAAGGGAGAAAGUGCCAGAGAGUCAUUUUGGGAGCAUAAGGUGAGGACGCUAGUUUAGGCUCAACUUGACUUCCCUAAAGUUCCUAUCCCUUACUAAAAAGCAACCUAGAACCGAUCUCUGCUAAUAGAAAACGAUGAGUGUUCGCCCUUGGUCUACGCGGAUCAGGGGCCCAGCUAACGCGUGAAGAUUGAGAUACGCAAGACACGAAAGAAUUCUCCUGCCGAAGGGAAGGCGCUUCUGUCCUUCUGUCAUUGCACGCGUGAAAACCUUCUCGCUUCGCACCUCUGCCCGGCCCGUUGGUUGAGCGCAAUUACGUAGAGAAAGAGAAGAUGCUUGAGCUUGAGAUAGUAGACGGUCUAAAACUAUAGCUGUCCGGAAAAUCGAUAGAAUGUCCAGAUUUCCCAAAAAUCAUUUCCUGGAAAAGUAGUAUCCCGAGGCUAAAAGUAAGUAAGCAACCAGUUCCGUUCAAACACUGACUUUGGUAGAGGGAUUAAGCUGAGUUUGGGGGGUACCUUCGGCAGGACAUUCAGUCCUGACCCAUUGUCAAUAAGGACUUUGGCGACGGUGUGAGUUUUGAAUUUGAUCAUGGCAUCAAUCUUGCCAUGAUCUUUCAUCUCAUGACUGAAGUUGACCAUGAAGCCAGUGAAGCAAAGGCUUAUAUCCUGGUUUCAGAGGGAGCUUGUGCACAUGAAUCAGAAGGGAUUUCUUCAUUUCAGAGUGGCAUUAGUGCCAUUAGAUUACAAAAGCCACCAACCAACAAGCCGAUUGCGCAAACGCCUUAAAAACUCUAGUAGCGACUAGCUGAUAGAGAUGCUGCCUCAGAAACGGAAAAAGCAUUUGUUGCAGCUGGCGCGGCGCAUAAUCUAUUUGUCUAUUCGUCAGAAGGCAAUCCGUAAUUAGCUUAGAUUGGUGCGUUCGCCAAAAAUCCGAGUGAUCGGGAUCUAAUUCCAUCAUACGUUCGAUCAUUUGCCUUUUCAAUUGAGCGGUCUCCCGUGCCUGCUGGAAAGGCAGAUCGGGAUUCGUUCCGGGGGGAUUUGUCCCUUAAGCGCCUAAAAAGAUGUUCUUCCAUGUGACGACGUAGCUCCACUUCUUCUGAGUCAGGCUCAAUCUCUUCCGCUGGGGGCACAUUUAGAUCGAGAGGCGGCCGCUGAGAUGAGCGAGGAAGGGAAUGGGAAGUGGAAAGAUCUGCCCAGUAGCAUGGAUUGACAACCCUCCAUAACAUCUUUCAAAUUUUCGUAAUAUAAAAAAAGAAAUGAAAGAAUUUCGUAUGUAAUGAUAUGGUAUGGGGAACGUAAAGCUGAUGCCUCCCCGAGUUAUCACUCUUUUUCUUCCUGUUAUCUAGCUUAAGGAUGGAUGCCAUGCUUACUUUUCGAGUUCGGGGGCGGGAAGAUCUACUCAUUCAAAGGGAAAGCGCACCCCUCUAUUUAUUUUCUUCUCAAAAGAAGAAGAGCUAGUGGAAUGGGCCCUUACCUCAUGCCAGCGGGGGAAAGAAAAGAGGCCCACUACGAGAGGAGAGAGUGAUUCAGCUGCUAACAAGCGCAGGUUUUUCAUUAAAUGAAUGGUUAUUCGGGAAACGUCUGUUGAUGAGGAGGUUAUACAUAGUAAAAAAAAAAAGAAAACCAGGGGGCGGAUUCAACCUGGGCUCCGUUCGAAGAGACGAAUAAUGGUCCUUCUCCCUCACAUGCUCCUUCCCAUGAGCAACUCGGUUGGCUUCGUGAACAAGAGCGCUGAUCACCGGAAGAUGAACAUUGAAAGGACUGAAAGCGUAGCGACGGGAUGUAGAUGUUGAUUUUGGAGGUCGCGUACUUCUUUAGUUAUAAUGCCAUCGACACGGUUGAAGCUUCCACUUUUCUUUGGUCCCAACAUGACCGACCAAGCGUAACGACCGCAGAAGGUACGGCCGGAGAAUUCAUCUCCAAGUCAACAGCAUGUCGGGCAGGUCCUGAGGAGGAUAUAGCCGAGUGAGUCUCAGACUUGUUCUCCCUUUGGAACUUUCUGGCUAAUGACCUGUCGAGGACUCUUCAGUCAAGCGCAUCCGAGCAACGAAGGUCGAGCUCCAAAAUUCAAACGAGAAUGAGGGUGUGAGAUCAAAGUGAGACAUGGAUCGUGUGUUCUAAUAGGUGACCAGGCCAAGGGACGCUGUCGGAAUCGCCCGGUUAAGUUGGACAGCAGUGACUCACUUUCUCUCCCGAAAGGGGACCGCUCCUACCUCUGGGAAACGAUCGGCACGCAGACUAGCUAUAUUAGCAGUUCGGGCAGGUCAAAGGUGAUCCUCCAAUCCGGGGAGAAUCGAGAGGGACCUAAGCGGAGCCGAUGAGUGAUACGAACAAAGGGGUUCCAUAAGUAAUUGGAGGGACCAUCGAUUCUUCGGACGUCAGCUGAGAGGCCUAGGAGAUUAGACAGUAGGGAACCGAAGCCAAGAGCUAAACAUAUGCAUGGGUGUACCCUCCAACUCCUGCGUUGGCGUGAGGGGAUUUGGGAAUCAUAGAGGGCGUAUUACCAACGGAACCCCAAACGUGAGGUGGUCAGUCCUACUCUCUCGAGUGCCUUUGCAGUUAGUAGCGGAAAGAGAGAAUUCCCUCUACAAUGACGGUACGAAAUCGAUCGGAGACUAGGAAACGAAUCAGUUCGUUUGACCGGUCCUUUCGAUUGCUAAACAUCAUUGGAUAAAAGGGCAGCGAAGGCUACGCUACGGUCGGAGAUUCAUCCCAGGUCCCCUUAAGAGCAGGCGCGUAGGGUAAAAAAAGAAAAAAUAAGAAGCUGCGUGUGAAUCCCAUCUAAAGCUCUUUCCUACUUACUUAAUUAUAAUAGAAGCGUUGGCCUAUUGGGAGCUUUCGGAAAUCACUUUGCAGAUCAAGACCAUAGGAACAGGGAAGAAGACGGGAGAAGACCUUAUUUAGAUGGAUUGGUAGCGCAGGUGGCCCUCUAGAAUGGAGUUCGGGCAGUGCUCUCACUUACGGGAAAUGAGGGUAGGGGGGUCGCAGAAUUCGGGACCUAACGAUGUUCGCUUCGUCACAUGAACGGGAGCGGACGAUUCCCUCGUCUCUCCCUUUUCGGGGAAUGGCUGCAAUCACAAGCAAGUGAUUGAAUGAGUGGGGGCUCCGAAAGCACAUGCGGGAUAAGCAGGUGUUUCAGGAGACGGUCUAAAAAUGGGUCCGGUCCAGAAAGAAAAGAAAAGAGAACUCUCAACAAGCUGGAACUAAUCAAGAUCAAUAGGAAGAGGAGGAAGAGGAUCAAAUCAAUAUUCUUAUGACGAGCAUCUAUUUGAAUCGAUCAUUUCCAAGAGCUAAUUCCAGUUUUUCCUUAUUCCGAGGUAACGCCUUACAAUCUUCAGUCUUACGCUUAAGGGGUAAAAUGUUCUUGUUGGAUGCAGGACUUGGGACCCCCAUCAUUUGUAUGCAAGAUGAGCUUACAGGAGUGCCAAAAAACCGAGCCACCAGGUUUGAGAAUAAAGUGGGUUCCCUGGGUAAAUCAAUGAUCAAAGAGCGAGCAGCCGCCAGGUUGAAGAAAAAGGAUGUCGCCUGGUAUUUUAAGAAUAAAGUGACCGCCUGCUUUUUUAAGAAUAAAGUGGCCGGUGAAUCAAUGAUCAAAGAGCAUAUUUUGGAGAGAUUCUUCAUCGAUCUAGUGGCCGGUGAAUCAAUGAUCAAAGAGCGAGCAGCCGCCAGGUUUAAUGAUUUGGUGGGAUCCACAGAUGUAGUGGCUGGUGAACCGCUUCUUCUUCCACGAAGAUUCAUACAAAUCCGAGCUUGGAUGGAACUGAUAAAGAUUUGGCGAACGAAUAAAAAGGUCAAAGGCUUUUAUAUUAAGAAAAUCAAGGGAGGUUAUUCAGUAGCCAUCGCAGGUUUCAUUACUUUUCUUCCAUUCCGUCCUCUCAAAAGGAAAGGAACAUGGAAAAAGGAAUCGCGAAGGCGAUGGCGAAAGAUAAUGGAAAGGCGAAGGCAAAUGGAAAUGCAAAGGCGAGCGCUAUUGAAUGGUCGAUUCAACAUCGAGCGCUAUGAUCCCAAAUGGAUGAAUAUUGUGGUGUCGCUACCAGCGGAAGAUCAAAGAAGAACUUGAUGAGCGAAAUUUGCUGACGAAAAAGAGCACUUUUUCAAUUCCGAAGCCUAGCCUCUCCUGUAACACUCUAUCACCUUAAUCCAUUCUUUAGCCUUUCCUGUAACACUCUAUCACCUUAAUCCAUUCUUUUGUUGAAAGAAAGUAAUUCAUAGACAGCUUUGCUUGCUAGCACUGAGACAUACUAGACUAAUUGGGAAGUCUUAGCAAGCAAGUCGAUAGAUAGUAGUAAUCGAUUCGAUCUGAUCUUCUUCUUCUUACUUGAUGUCAAGUCAAGAAAGUGGAAAUGAACUUACUUAUUGGCUAAAGUAUAAAACAAAAACCAGAUGCUUCGAAAGCAGACUCCUGUCCGACCAAACACAAAAGCUUUCCUGUAAUUACCGGAGCGCUUUUGCAAGGAACUUCCAUGAGCAGAAAGAGCGAAUUACAUACCUUACGAAGGUAGAGCGUUUAGCCACUCAAAAUCAAGGGUUACUCCGUGGUAGGAUUAAAGUCGACGAAGGAGUGCAACGCUUCGUUAAACUCUCUGAUUCUCGUUCCUGUCUAUUCCACUCGUACCUUAGCUGGUGUGCUUCCUUAAUAUAAUAGGGGUGCUCUUUGCUAACCAAAAGAUUUUUUUGUCUUUUUCCCUUGACUGUACUUGUUCACCUGUGCCCGGUAAGGACUUAAUUAAAUGAAAUGAAAUUACGUAAAGAAAGAAAGAGACUUUCGGAAAGUGGUUCAGGUAGCUCCAGCGGACUGUAAAUCCGUAAGAGCCGGGCAUCUGGGACUGUAAAUCCUCAUGCGGUUCGACUCCGCACCCACUUAAGACUGUUCCGCCGCGGGUGGCGCCCAGAUAAGAAAGCUUAUGUUCCGGCGGAUCGAAAUUUCCUAUUUUGCUCAGUCAGAAGGAAGGCUAGCUAUAUGCUUAACACAUGCAAGUCGAACGUUGUUUUCGGAGAGCUCAGCUGGUUAGAGCAAAGGACUGAAAAUCCUUCGUGGUUCGAUUCCACUUCGAGCUGUUGAGUUGGCAGUGAAAGUGUCAUUCCUUCUCGCUGGGAGUGCACUUCAUCGAGUUGGAGGUACAUUGGUAAGUAAGCGCUUCCUUCGAUUGUGAGA